AUGAGCAGAAGCAAAAGAAACCCAAGAAGAAAAACGCAAAAGCAAAUAGAAAGUAUUCACCAAGAAACCAAGCAAAAGAUUAAAGAAGAAACCAAAACUUACGAAAAACAAGCCGAAAGAACCCAAAAAGAAUACAUCCAACAGCAAAAAGAAACCAUCACCAAACUUGACCAGCAACAAAAACCCCACCAAACCCAAAAAGCCUUAGAAAGCGAACUAAAACAAACCCAAGAACAACUCGAAACUACCGAAAACACCCACCAAAAAGAGCAAACCCAAGCCAAAAUCAACCAAAUCACCCAACAACUCCAAGAAAUCAAACAAAACCCGCUUACUUCGGCAGUAGAUAUUGACGCCCUGGAAACCAAAACCCCGUCCUCUGAAAGCAAACAAACUUUCGCCCAAAUUCGCCAACAAAUCCACCAAGAAGCCCAAAACUUCGACCUAACCCUCAAAGAAAAAGAAAACAUUCUCCGUUUGUUAAUCACUAACCUCAACCUAACUUCCGAACAAAGAAACGCCCUUGAAGAUAUCGGCCAAGAAUUGGCUAACCUUUCGCCGGAAAGGCUGAAAACUUUUGCUUUCGCUGAGCCACAAAAGACUAUUCUCCAAAGCUUAGCCCCAUUAACCAAAGAAUUCAAACACUCGCCCCAAUCUCUCGCACUAAUUCGCUCCCUUGGCUUGAAAGCCACUAAUUUAAGCUUUCUCGUGCAAGAAGAAAUAAUCCCUGACCCCAACACCCAAUUUGGCGAAACUAAAAGCCCUUAUUUACCCUUAAAACUUAAAUUCCUCCAAGGAGAACAAAAAGCCUUAGAACAAGAAGCAAAAGCCCGCCAAAAAGAAACCGACCAAGAAGAAAUAGCCGAAAAUAAGCGAUCCAUCCUAAUAUCCUCCUCACCCUUGGCUUUAAAACCAUACCCAAUUAGAGGAAGACCACCAAACUUACCUCCAAGACCAGCAAGACCAAGCCUUCACCAUCAACCAAGCCAUUUGAGACAAAUUCGUCUCCUCCAGCCCCAAAAAAGAAAGGCAAAAGCCUUGAAUUCCAGCAGCGAAGAAGAAUUAAGAAAGCAAUUCACUGAAUACCAAAAAACCAAGCAAAUUAAACCCGAAACCACUAAAUCUUCCCGCUACGACAAUCUCUUCUCUAAUCUCAACCAAGAAACCGCCGAACACCAACGCAAAAAACAAGCCCGCGAAGCCACCCGGAAAAAACUCGAACAAACCAAAUUAGCCCGUCGCCAGCAACAACUCCACGAAAAAGACCGCAAAAUCCAAGAGGAAGAAGAAAACCGCCAAAGAGAAAGAGAACUAGACGCCCAAGAAGCCGAAAAAAGACGCCAACUCCAAACUGCAAGAGACAGAGAAUUAAUGGAGCAAGAACAAGCCCGUCUCCAAGCCCGCACCGAACAAAUUGAGCCCUUAGAAGCCCAAAAUAAACUCGAACAAGAACGCCUCCAAAAACAAGCCCAACUCUUAGAGGAAGAAACCAAAAAACAAGAAAUUGACCGCCGCAGAAGACAAAGCAUGAUGUCAUUAGAAUUGAUUCACGAACAAGCCUUGGAUUAUGUAUUAGGUUAUUUUCCUUCUGAAAGUGAAUUUGCUUACUCGAUCCAAACCAGUGCUCCUUGGGGCUAUAAUUACGCCAUGGAUACUUUCUAUACUGGUCGACAAUUAAGUCGAGUAAUUAGUUAUGUCGGCGGUGGAUUUUUAAGUGAAGAACAGUUAAGGCAAAGGAUCAAAGAGAAAAUUAAUGACCCCGAUAUUUUCCGCUAA